AUGGCCAGUAUUCCGAAGCAAACUUCGGUGAAGACGGUGUAUGAAACUCGAAUUGCGGCAAAGACACUUAUCAAGACAGUAACAUGGACGGUCACCGACACUCAAGGAGACUUGGAAGUUUCGCCACACGCUCCGUACAUCAUCACGACUGCCCUCCAAUCGGCAGGCUCAUCAGCUCCAGAUUCCUACGAGAAACUCGAUCAGAGAAAAACUGCCGGUAAUAGGGGGGGAACCCUCGCUAUAGCCUUGAUAGUGUCACUCAUUGGUGUGUGGAGCCUUCAUCGGCGGCGAACACCUUUUGAGCGAGAUGACUUGAAAACAGGCUACGUCAGCGAGCUCACACAUUUGCCUCGCAAAUUUGAAGGAGCCAUCUUUAUGUCCGUCGGUCAAAACGUGCUCAACAGAAAACUUAUUGAGGGUCUCACCGACGCCGUCAAGGACUUGGAUUCGCGAACCAUUGUCAAUACCGGCGCAACAGCCCUGCGCGACGUCUUGCCUGUAGAGUACAAUACACCGGCCGUUGAACAAGGCAUAUCGGGCAUUGUAAUACUGUUUAAUGAAGGAUGA